AUGUCAAACCUUGAACGAUUUCUGAAAGUCUAUGAUGAGAUCCAGAAAUUUGCGCUCUCCUUUCUGGAGAAAAAAUACCAAAUGGACGUCCAUCGCAAACAAUACAUGAAAGACAUGUUGGAUACAACAUGUCUUUGUGGAAAGUACAAUCGAGGGGUCUGCGUUGUUAACGUUGCAGAAGAGAUGGCGAAAGAUCAGGGCGUAGAUGACGCCACAUUGGCGCGCAUUCUGCACGACGCGUGCAUUUGUGGGUGGAUGAUUGAACUUCUUCAGGCACACUUCCUCGUCGAGGAUGAUAUUAUGGACGGCAGCAAGGUCCGCCGGGGCAAGCCGUGCUGGUAUUUACACCCCGGGGUUACCCAGCAGGUCGCGAUUAACGACGGGCUCAUUCUCCUCGCUCUGGCGAACGCCAUCGCCUCGAAUUUUCUCGCGGGGCGACCGUUUUUGGCCGAAGUCCUUCGCAUUUUUCACGAGGUCGACUUGACCACCACCAUCGGGCAGCUUUACGAUGUCACGUCGAUGGUAGACUCGAGCAAGCUCGACGCACACACUGCGCACCCGCAAACAACUGAUUAUGUCGAGUACACGGCGUUUAAUUACGGGAGGAUUGUGAAAUACAAAACUGCCUAUUACACCUAUUGGCUUCCACUGAUGUUUGGGCUCCUUGUGAGCGAGAGCGCGGAGAAGGUGGACGCCGCAAGGGUCGAGAACCUUGCGAUGGUGAUUGGGGAGUAUUUUCAGGUCCAGGACGACGUGAUGGAUUGCUUUACGCCGCCGGAGAAGCUUGGAAAAGUUGGGACGGACAUCCAGGACGCGAAAUGCUCCUGGCUCGCCGUGAAAUUUUUAGAGGUCGCCUCGCCAGACCAAAUACAAGUGUUUAAAAAGAACUAUGGCCAAGAUGAGGAAAAAAAAAUCGCCAUCGUCAAGCGGCUUUUCGAGGAGACGAAGCUUUUGAAACACUUUCAGACGUACGAAGAAGGGAUCGCACUGGAGGUACACAGGCUGAUCACAGACCUUACCAAGCAGAGCGCCGCAUUCGGGCGGAGUGUGCAGAUGCUUUGGGAUCGAACUUACAAACGCCAGAAAUAA